AUGGGGAGGGGAAGAGUUGAGCUGAAGCGGAUCGAGAACAAGAUCAACCGGCAGGUCACCUUCUCCAAGCGUCGCAACGGGCUCCUCAAGAAGGCCUACGAGCUGUCCGUGCUCUGCGACGCCGAGGUCGCGCUCAUCAUCUUCUCCAGCCGCGGCAAGCUCUACGAGUUCGGCAGCGCAGGAACAACGAAGACAUUAGAAAGAUACCAACACUGCUGCUACAAUGCUCAAGAUUCCAGUAGUGCACUAUCUGAAACUCAGAGCUGGUACCAGGAAAUGUCAAAGCUGAAGGCAAAAUUCGAAGCUUUGCAGCGCACUCAGAGACACUUGCUUGGUGAGGACCUUGGACCGCUCAGCGUGAAAGAACUGCAGCAGCUGGAGAAACAGCUAGAAUGUUCUCUGUCACAAGCCAGACAGCGAAAGACACAACUUAUGAUGGAGCAAGUGGAGGAGCUUCGCAGGAAGGAGCGUCAGUUGGGAGAAAUCAAUAGGCAACUCAAGCACAAGCUGGACGCUGAAGGCAGCAGCAGCAACAGCUUCAGGGCGAUGCAACAGAUCACCUGGGCUGCCGGCACCGUCGUCGAUGAAGGCGCCGGCGCAUAUCACAUGCACCACCAGCAGCAGCCUAAUCACUCCGCUGCUAUGGACUGUGAACCCACUCUGCAAAUUGGGUAUCCUCAUCAGUUUGCGGCGGCUGAACAGGCAGCCAACAAUAUUCCGAGGAGCAGCGCUCCUGGAGGGGAGAACAACUUCAUGCUGGGCUGGGUUCUUGGAGCUAACUAG